GGGACUGUGUCAUUAUUGCGUUCCGCGGCAUUCUUUGAUAGCGCGUUCGUGCUUGCCAGGGUGUUUGCGUCGAUGGCAUCGUUCGCACGGUUUGUCACGUCAUCUUACUGACCUUGCAAUGGUGUAGCACAAACACCGAAUCGCGGGUUUUGCUCGACACUUGUAGUUGCAAUUCGGGAAUCGGUCGACAGCGCGACAUGACUGGUGCCGGGUUUGCCUUGUCGGCGGUGAUCGUGCUUUUGAGUGCACUGGGUCGUGUCGUGGGAUCCGCCGUACUUCUGGAGGAACAUCGCGUCUACUCGUCGCCACAGAAGUACGACUACGUCGGGGGCAUCGAUGUCUACUGCUGGGAACCACCACACGACGCCCCAAGCUACCUCGAUGUCUUCCAAACAGCCGCGGUUGAGUUUUCCGUCGCCCCCGAUGACCUGCAACUGUUCACCGGUGAAGAUGAGCAGACCGUGCAGCAGAAGUACUUCCACAGUGGCGUCGAUUUUUCCUUUUUGGCGACGAAAUUGCAGCGCAAGGUCAGCUUUCUGAACAGUCGCCACCGCCGCUGCCUUGGCGUGUUUUCGAGAGGCGCUUACGAGUUCGCGUUCGUGCGCAGCGUUAACCAUCGGGGCAUCGCUCAGUUCUGCUUCGGCAUCGUCGCUUUCUUCGUGGCCGCCGUCGUUUCCCGUAGCGCUGCCGUUUUCUACACCUGCGGCACCAGCAUCGGCGUCUUCGCGUUCCUUUUGAUUGCGGUGUUCCUCGUGAGCCGCUUGCUCCCGCGCAGGGCCGCAGGCUACGCCCUCGUGCUUUUCGGCUGGUCGCUGGUCGUGUCGUGGCUCGAGUUCCUCUGGUCAAACGUGCAGGACGUUGUGGAGAACUACCGACAUUUCCUCGUCUGCUACGUCGUCGGUUCGGCUGCCUUGAGUUUCGCCGUCUGCUAUCGUGUCGGACCGCCGAGCAACCCUCGAACGCUUAACUUGAUUCAGUGGUCGCUGCAGUUGGUCGGUUUGGCCUGCGUCUACUUUUCGUCUGACAGGAGCGACGUGAUGGCGGGCGUGGUAGUUGUGAUGGUGUCGACCUACCUGGUGCAGUCCUGGUCGCGCAGGCCUCCCGCCUCAAACGCCAACCGUUCGACACCUACCGUACUGUUGACACCUGCUGUCGAACAGGGCGCACCGCCGACAGAUUCGCCAAGAGCGUCGAGCUGCACACACUUCGGUGACGAUGGCAUGUGGACUAUAGUUACGAAGAUUCGGGCUCCCCAAGCUAAGAAAAUCGCGAUGUGUAUCCGUGCUGACGACGGCAUACGCUCGCCGAGACAGUGGGUGACGGUGUCGGAACGUGACAUGCUCGACAAUAGUGGGGACGAGUUUGACCCUUUCCUCGAGGAACCAAAUGUAGAUGAGCCCGACAACACAUAUUGAGUGCAGUCAUAACCUUGGCGGUUAUAUCUCUCACGAGUUGUGUAUCGGAGCGGUGCAUUGAUCUUAACACAACGUACUAGAUCUGUUAACUUGAAUGCUCAAUUUUGCCGCGGCGGCCCGCUGUUCGGGACCCCUUUGGUUGAACGUGCGGGUACAUUUUUUUCCCCCGCAUACCUGGCCAAGUUUUCCCGAUAAAUUUCGUCACUGAUCUGCUUUGUUUAUACUGUAGCGCAAUGGAAACGUCAGAAACUGGCUAACUGCAUAUUAUAUACGCAAAUUAGUUUAAGGUUGUUGAGAAUCGGUGGUGUGUGUGUGAAAGUUUGUACAAUGCAUACCCAAACAAAAACGUUUUAUGGUUGUAUCAUUUAUCAUUUGGAGCCAUCACUGAGGUGAGCAAGGUACUUUGACCUGAAGUCUUUACAAAAGCCUCGGGGCAAAAUGCUUGUACAUCUCAAUCCUUUAUUGACCUUUUACUCCAAACACAGCGCAAACAGUCACAGGCAAAAGGUUGGGGGCUCGCAUGCAAACUCACUGGUAAUUGAUAGCAAGAACUGGAAAAGCUUGCAGAAUAGGGAGCAGCAGCCUCUUCUUUUCCGUUUCAGCAUCUAUGAUCUAUUGGGUCAAAUAGUCUUUCAAAAGGCUCCUGCUUUACACAGGAAACUGAUCUUCUGGCUAAUAUGUAAGCGUAACUUCCAUGGGCAAUUAUUGUGUGCCUCACUGAGACGCUGUAGGAUCAUUUAUUUCAUGUGCAGCGAGCCAGUUCUUUGUUUUAUUAUUAUGGACAACUUCAAAAGUAGGUAACGUCACUUAUCACUGGUUUGCUUUCUAUUGAAGUUUGUACUAAAAUGUGAUUUUCAGGUCUGUCAUUCCAUAAAGCACUCGACACCUUUGCUUGCCUGGUUAACUUAGGGGGAAAAAAGAUGCUGUAGUGCAUUGCAUUCACUAACAAGUGAGAUAAUGUAGCGACGAAGUGGUUUUACCACCUUUUGGCAACUAAAACUGAAGACUAACCAGGAGAGCAAAAGACACAAAGUCAUCUAUCAAACGACACAGACCCCAGAAACACCUUUCUGCACAAGCAAAAACAAUGCAGCUGGAUAUGGAAAAAUCUGUUGAAGUUCUUGGAGAAAUCAUGGUACACUCUUACUAACUUCCUGCAUUUUCUGCCUUGUGUGUGCGACUUGCAAGGCUGCACACUCUCUGUCAAGCGACAAUGAAAGAGAAAAAAAGAAAGGGGAGGGGGGAAGAACGGCACUGACACAAACUUAAGACAUCUAUAGGAAUGCAAAAACUGUGCAUAUUCAUCUCCGGUGGCUUCUAGCCACCAUAUGAUUUUGCUCCACUCACUGUCACCUUGUGUGCAUCAGUAUGAUCCACAGAUGCCAUUGUGCACAAAAAAAAAAUAGAAUGGAAGUGAACAUCAUUCCUUUACAACAUUGAGUCAUGGACAUAAACAUGUUUUAUGCAACACAUUCAAACCAGAAUGAGAGCCAACACAAACAUACUAAAAUGCGCCAGUCACGGCCUUCGAAGAAAACGUUCAACGGCUUCUGCAAAGUCAGAUCCCGACUUUCUAACAGAUAUAAACCUAUAUGAACUAACAUUACUCUAAAAGACACAUGCACAACAGUGUUUUGGGAAGGUAUAGCAACAUAUUGUUAAAAAAAUUUUUUUUUACUACUGCAUUAGUCAAGCAAUGCAGUUGUUGAAUUAUGCCAGAGUACUUUUGUGGUCCAGUACAAGCCAACAGUUAGUUUUGUGCUUCUUGAUAGGAGCACAGCAGAAGUACAGAUUAUCAAGUACUACACAACUUAAAGCAAUUGCGUCCAACCUCUUCAAAAAAAUUUCACUCUGCUCGCAAGAGUAUACACAAAGUAAAAUAGUGCUAACAGAUAUCAUGUAAGCGAAUACUUGUAAGUGCAUUUCAUAGACCAUCAGUCUGUUUCACAUAAAUUUGUAAAAUGUCACACAUGUUCCAAUCACUUCACCAAGCAAGAGCAAACAUGUAAACAGCAACAAAAGAAAAUGAAGCAGACUCUGACAUCCUUUGCGGUAUUAAAGGAUUUGCCAGUUAUUUGUAGAACAUGUCACUAAACUCUUUCAUGUGUCAAACGAUACCAAGAAAACAUGUAAUAACACAAAUGCCUUAUAAGAAUUGUGCAUUCAUAACGAGCCAACCAAAUGAUGAUGGCGACCAGCUUUUACUUUUUCUUUUCAGGUGCACGCAGUGGUUAGCCCUAAAUGAGUGUCACGACCUGCCCUGGGCAAAAAAUAAAUAAGACGAUUAACCAGUGCUCUGCUGUACAUGAUACACAAUUGAACUGACAGUCAUAAACCACAGAAGUGACCAUACAGAAAUGGUCUGUUGGACGAAAGCCUUUAGAUGUUCCAUUCACUUGCGAUUAGUUAUGCAACGAGCAGACUGUGGCUACAUGCCAGCUGUACUUUAUCAAAGGAACGCCUGAAGUCUUUGAUCUUUUACUUGCAGACUUAACAGAAUUCUUGCAGCAUGCUUGAGACAGAGAUUAAAGAGCAAACAGGUCAUGAUGGCACUUUCGGUCACGAGAACUCCUACCAAGGAACCAGGCUAUGCUUACAGACGAUAAUAAAAAUUUGCGACACUAGGGCCUUCAUGCAGACUCCUUACGAAGUGACGUGAAAAGCCUAUGAAUAAUCAUCCAGGUAGCAACAUCCCUUACUCUGAGCAAUGCCUUACUACUACUUGUUCCUUACUACUCGAAUUGCAAUUGCACAAAGAAAAUUGUUUUUUUUUUUUCUUCCAGGUUGUAUGUGCACAUUGCACCCUUCUACAAUGUCAUGAUGGCAGGCCGCCAUACAAAAGCAACCAAAAACAUAUUUUCUGGAUUGUUCUACAAACAAGUAAUGAUGCUGCCAUCUAUGAUCAAUGUAUCAAACUUACCAGGAGAACCCUACACAUCUAAGGUAAUUAAAAAAAAAAAAAACGGGCAUUAUAUGUAAUAAACAAGCUGUGCUCAUCCAAGACAAAAGGAUAGUUAAUGGCAAGAUGUGAUUUCAAAUCGAGCGCAUCGAAACUGUGUAUGGAAUGGCUAUUGCAAGAACAAAAUUUAGAAGCCCGGGCAAUGAGAAUGUCCUUCAGCUAUGUUGUAGAAGCCUUCUAGCACAGGAGAGUUUCAAAAUCAGCUUCUUUAGCACCACCUUUCACACAACUGUGUGUAUAUAGUUGGGUUUAUGGUAGCCAUUGAGCAACAAUACGUCUGCAAGAGACUUUGAACAAGAAAGUUUUUCAAACAAGACAAAAAGUGUCAUCAUACACUGCCCGACUUCCAACAGACGACAUCAAACUGAAAAUGUAGUGACCAUUACACAGACAGCUGCCGCGAAACAGAACCGGCAGAAGCACAGACCCUGCACACAACUCCACAACAGAAGGGUAGCUACAUCAGUGACAGACAAGUUCUACAAUUCAAUCCCUUCACAAUUCGAAAUCUUGACUGCAGACAUAAGAUGGGUCAUCAAAAACACGCAUAGGUCAUGCCACCCCAACCUGCCACCUCUGAAGCCUAGUUUGCAGACUGAACUUACUGUGCCCUGUGCUGGAAGCUUAAUGCUGAAAACAACAUGUAAACUCCUCGGCAAGAGGAGCGGCUCCGUUUUGCUUCUACGGCAGUUAUUUUCCCAUUUCAUCAGAUCAGCCUACUGUACCACGUGAAAUAUGAUCUUGCUCCCCAAAACACUGCUUAACGGUCAACUGCAAUGACAUUUUUGGACCGCACAAAAAAGCCUGGUUUCAGAGAGUGCACAUACAGAACAGCCUCAGCACAAAAUUUUACAUUUGAAGUAAGAGCAUGCGCAUUGCAGAAAGCUAGUAAAAAACACAAGUUUUUGAUACCAAAACUGACAAAUACCGCUGUUACCACUUGCUGAAAAUGACACGCUACGCAGAACCAGCACAGCUCCCCGACAUCUCUGAGAUCAGGUGGCGCUCGCAAGCACGCCGAAAAACCUUGGAAGCCGUGGUCUAGGACUUGCGUCACACCUGCUAAUCACCAGGCGCACGUGCCACCUGCUUUUUAAUGUAUUUUAACAUAUUUAUUGCUAGUAAGAAAUAUAGACAGUAACCAGCUUUGCCAACAUGGUCUCGAUUGACACCUCUAGUUCAUAACCAAUUUUAAAAGCACAAAGGAAACAUAUUAAAUGCUUUACUUUUUUUUCAAACCUCAGCAAAAUGAAGUAUUCCAUUCGCAUUGCCAAACAAGUGCAACUAAACACUACUGCGAGCCAAGUACUUUUCCGAGUCACUCAUAGACAGAACCACUGCUGUUUUCCUUUUCUAUUCUUUAAGAUUUCACUAUGAGAUUUUAACUUUAGACAAACAAGUGACCAUCAUACAAGAAAAUGCAGAUUGCUUUUUUUUUUAUCCAAGCUAUACUGGGCAGUCCACAGACAUUUGUUCGUGUGCUCUUCCAACAUGUUCUGUGGUGCAUUCAUAGAUUCACCAAUCUUGCUUGCACAAAGAAGUUUAUUUUUGAUAAAAAGCACCUUUAGCUUCUGUCACAAAAACAUAAAAACAGUUACAGGUCGUCUUUUUUGCACUUCUAAGGCAAACAUGCAUAAGUAAAAACUUGUCCAAAUUUCAGUUCUUGUUAGCUUCCCUAAGUUUCCCUAGCAUGGGGCAGCAGGCAUGUGACGCAGAAAAUACCACUGUGAGAAUUUCUUCUACCACUGCAGUCUUUCACAGCCUUGAAGCAGCCUGAUGUCUGCUCUGAAUGUUCUCAGUGGAAUAACUCUGUCUCCUUCCUAAACCGUAGUUGUAAAAUUAACAGCAUGCUGCACAUUUUUGUCCAUUUCAAUUUGGUUCUGCAACAGCAAUAAAAAAAAAAGCCUGUUCCUCUCACUAUCACCACAGCCGGAUUUUUAAGAAACAAAUUACUGAUAGAACAUCCAAAAGUACUCUAAAAAUAACGUCUGUAGUGUAAAACAUAAUGUGCCGAAUAAUAGAAUGCAACCAUAAAAGGUACCUUAAUGGGAACAUUUGUGCAGUGGCCUGUGUUCUUGUUACAACUUUAUCCCCUUCUGUGCCUUGGACGAGCUGGGUUCGUCCACAGGUUUCUGGUAAAAACAGCCAAGAACAAGACCAACCCAUCAACAAUUACUUUGCAUUUUCUAAUUGCCAUGGAUGAGCCUAGUUUUGUCUCGGUGCUUAGUUGUGCUUUCGGUAGGUGGCAGCACACUAAGCAAGUAAUGUUGGCAACUAGUCUUUAAAAAUAUCUGCCAUGAUAAUAGCGUGACAAAGCACCACCAAUGUUAAUUCCUUACCUUUUACUUUUGAUUUCGCUAUCCUUUGAGUCUAUUUUUGCAUAUAUACUUGUGGAAUUUCUAGUUCGACUAUUUUUGCGCACAUACUGCUUGAUAGGUUGCUGAAGUACAAUAUGGUUACCUUCACAGAGAUAAUUACAUUGCAAACGCUGUGUGGCCAAUUGUGUUUGAUCAUGGGCCUCCGCUAGCUUAGGCUAGUGGCCAAAGUUUACUCGUAUACUCUUCUUAUUAUAAACAAAUCAAAGAAAAAUUCAAUGCCACUGCCAAACGUGUACCUCAGCAUUAGUGUACCUCGUGUACCUCAGCAAGCUGACAUAAAGACAGGGACUGCUAUCACUGCUCACUGGAGAUAACAUGCUUGGCCAAACGAGACGAUGUCAUAUGUUUACUCAGUAAAUCAGGUGGCUUAAGAAAUGCAAUCCACAAGUGCAAAAUCAUUUAGUUUGGAAUAAAAGCACAAUGAUGUUUCAGCAGAAUACCCUUGCACCAUAACAUGUCGCCCAACAUCAAGGCCUCCCAUGUAGACCUGCAAUGUAAUAAUGUAAAUUGCUGUUUAUGCAAAUUUUUACAGCUGUUUUGUUUUUCCUGUAAACUAGAGGCAGUCAAAGAAAGACAGUGGUGGGUCGUUACAAAAAAGCGUUUAUCCAGCUCUAUUCACUCUUUCCCCGCCGCGCCCAUCGGGCAUUGUUAGCCUGCUAACGAUGGUUUAAAAUGCCGUUUCGAGGCCUUCUACGCCUCAAGAUCUCGUGAUUCUGCUGCACCUGCGGCUGAUUUUAUCGAUGGACCGAGCAGCAGUGAAUCUGAGGAUCCUGCCUUUCCGUCAGGCUUUGACUCCGAGAGCAACGACGACGCAAACCAGUCAGGAACAUAGGCGGCUGCAGCAUGGCAUGCUCAAUUGUAGUGCUCGCAGUCAAAUUUUUGCAGUGGAAUACCUGUUCAAUGAAAAAUUGAUAUUUUCGGAGAUAGUGCGUAUUAGAAGGCGAUACAUUUCGUAUAUCAUAAUUUUUUUGACAUUUUUCUGACUAGAUACAAGCGUGCCUUUACAGAGUUUUUUUUUUCUAUUUUAUCUCACAAUCUUGAUUCUGGCAAUUUACAUCUUUUUAUGACAUACAUCUCGUUAAUAAAAAUUAUGCAUGAGAAGUGCAUUCAUUCUGCUUUUUGUUUAUGUAUUGCGUAAAAUAUUGAGUGCGGUACCAUCAGAAAAAAAAAAAUCUUAUGUAACCUAAAAAAAAAAACACUUAUUUUCCCCACGGUAGGGAAAGAGGUAAGCCUCUACCUGCCAUGGCAUUAUGGCCUUGUGUACAUUUUUUGCUCAUUGAUUCAUGACUAUGAAUCUUCUCGCAGAAAAGAAAUCCAUGCAGGUCAGCAAAAGUUCAAAACCAGAACAGGUAAGAUUUUGUGGUGCGUUGCAAUUUUCAAACAGGCAAAGUGCAAAACUCAUGGUUCCAUGCACUAUCUCAUAUUCAGACAAAACAAGAUCAGCCUGCGGUCAAGCCAAACUCUCACUCUGAGAAUCAGUAUUCUUGUUUUACUGUGACACCACUUGGCAGGCAGAAAGAAAGCUACGCCAGCCUAUGAAAGCAGUUACUAAAACGCAAUAUUGAAGGUGGUAUUGUGGUCACACUUUAGGUUCAUGCACUGCUGUGGGUUUGCACAGACACAUGAAGUCCGUGAACUCUUAUGUUCCAUCUCACCAUGACUUAGCAAACAAAGCUGUAGAACUGUUCCACCAAGUGAGAAAGCCCUCCACACGAGUACAGUGGAGAUUGCACUGUUCCAUUUUUAAAAUCAGGUUAUCCUGCACAAAGACAUUUCAGCACUUUGCAGUCAGUGAGUGGCUACAUUGUUCCGAAUGAGCUUGGCUUAACUCAUUGCAGUCAUGCGUCGGACACUUCUUUGCAUGCGAAAGAAAAUCCGUUCUGGUUGAAUAUCAAGAAGCACCAGACGUGCUCCCACUCACCAGUUAUUUGGGAUUUGGAAACUUUUUCAUCAAAGUGAAUUUUACAAUGCUUCCAGAUGAGGGCAGAAAACUUUUUUCCUUUCCUCUGUGCGUGAAGAAAUUUGGAUGAGAUUUAUGACAUGAAACUGUCGACAGGAUGGCAACAUUUUGUGCAUGUAUGUUUCAUGGACAAAAUUCACACAAGUUCAGGGAAUCUGGAAAUGAGUGCUGUGGACGAAUAUAUUUCGCCUUCAGAUGGUCAGCAAACAUCCUAGGAUGAGAGCACUUUAGAGAAAAGUGUCGGUGAGGACACUACAUGCAUGCAGUACAAAUCCUGGCCUCUGCCUAGCAUUGAAGCACUAGCACACAGUGCUAAAGUACCGUUAAGGGUCUUGGGAACAGUGCAUAAAUAAUCUGAAAUAAAUCACUUAACAUGCAUUUGUUUUUGUACGAGCGCAUUUUCUGCGUGCCAUCUCAAUGCGCAAAAUGGCUUAUGACUGGAACAACCACAAGCUGUGUAAAUACACAUAUGACCGCAAAGGAUUAAAAAGCAAUUGCCAAUGACAUUUUUGUUUUCAAAAUAAAUGCUGUCUUGAGGAUAGAAAGGCCAGACAUGCAAAUGUGAGGUGUGAAAGGCGCUGCUAGUCACCAACGAGAUGGCACCAGUACAUUACUGGAAGGGAAGAGGUAAUUGUCCAGUAGGUCGGUGCACCAUUAAAAACAACUGACAGUGUCAUCAUUUGAACCCUGAAUCCAGUGAAAAAUGCAGUGAAAGCAGACAGCUAAAGGUAGUUGGAAUGGAUAACACCUAUGUCACAUUGGUAAUUCUGAUUUUCAUCAAAAUCAUGCUGCUUCAAAAAUUUCAAGCCCACGGGAAACCAGACACCUUUUUGCAGAAUCCUCAAAUCUUCAACACAAGAGCUGAUGCCACUUAAUUUGCCAUGUACCAGACAUGAUAGGCUUUUGAAAGACAAAGCUGCGGUUGACAAAUGUGCCUCUGAUACAGCAAGACCUUUAAAUUAAGGGAAGAUAUGGUAGUUUCUUGGAUGCAAAGAGCAGGUUAGACUUGACAAAUUUGAUCUGUUGUAGCGACAGCAAGCAAUUCAUGUGCUACAUUAAUAAAGAACCAUAGUUCUAAAUAUUCAGACUUCACAUUUCAACCUUAUUGAAGAACUUACUGUUCUUGCUUUUUUGUCUCCCAACUCACUAUCUAUAAGUGCUGAUGGUAGCCUUCAAUCAUGCCUGAAAUUUUCUAUUACAAUUGAUCGAGUACGAUUACAUCAAGAACAAUCAAAGUCAAACAUGCCAGAAAAUGAGCGUGUUGCAAUAACAUGUCUCACCGAGUUCGGUUUAGUUUGAUGCAAGCAUGACUGAAUGUUUGUGGGACAGCGUUAUUACAUCUGUUUUAGUCUCGUUAGGUUCAUGGAUUGGUAAGGCGGAAGCAGACAUGUGACCAACCAUUGCAAGGUUUCGCAAGUUAUAUAGGAAAAAGUUUUCAGACUUUCUCAUGGCGUCGGGAACACAGUUUUUGUAUGUUUCCAGUUACCAUUUCACGUGUGAAAAAAACAUUGCAAACUGUGACCAAGAACUGUCAUGUGACUUUCAAGAGCAGCCGUUUUGUGGACACAGCACAAUACAAAUGAAUGUGCAGCAAUAAAUGGCUACAUAAAACAAAAUUUAACAAAUGAGGGCGUUGCUUUUGCCAAACCACAGCGAACUCUGCCGAGCCAUAGAGGAAGCCAAGCCAAGCUUAGUUUCACCCAAUAAGAUGUCAAGUUUAUUGAGAAGCAAGGCUUCAGCCUGCCAUAGAUGGUUUACAUAAUUGCAUUAGGCAAAACCAAACCUAUAGGGAAUAUGCUGCUAGCAGCCAAUGUUGCAUCCCUGUCUACAGCACUUAAUUAUGAAGUCAAGCUAAGCCAAUCUGAAACACUUAUCAAGUUGGGGCGAAAGCUUCCAGCUGUUAAUACUGCCGGUCAAACAAACACUGCAGGUUGCUGUUGCCUGUGCUAGUGCAAUCCACUAAAGCUUGCUGGUCUGACAGGGCACUGCAGCUCUCAGCAUCAGCACUUGGGCACAGCAAGGAACACUCGCAGCUAAUCACAAGCCACUUGCAGCAUGCAACUCAAGCAAGAAUCAAACUUCGCAGGUUCUUCCACUGAAAUCAAGCUAGCCCUCUGAAGCCUAACUACUUUUUAACAUCAACACAGUCUUCCAAAGCCUUUCAUACACUUACUCUCACCGGCACUAGUAACCCUGUACAAUCCUCUAUGCUCGUACUGAGGCAUGACCAAGCAAUUUACAUUAGCACCAACAGUUUCAGGGCAAAUAAGGAAAAAAAUUUAAAACCCAUGCAUCAAAUGGCCAAUUUUGCAAUCUAAUUCUCAGUACAGUGUCACCGGAACAUGAAACAAAGUUCCAUGUGGUACCAGCAUGACAGCUCCAGUGCACUUGGCAAACAAGAUGCGAGACGCAAGCACAGACUCACGAUCUGCUUUGAUGAAAAAUUAAAAUUAGGAGAAAGAGAAAAAAAAA